AUGGCGGGAAUCCAAACCCUAUUAACAAUUCUGUUAAUUAUAGUUCAUCUCUCGUCGGCGGCGGAAAUGGUCAGCCACGGCAAGAUAACCUCUUUCCGCCGAUGA